AUGGGCAACGUUUUUGCACAACCUGUUAAGGACAGGUAUGGACACGGCGGACUCAUAUGGUAUGGAUGUCAUAAAAAAUGUAUGCGAAUCGGGAUGAGUGGAGAGAUCGGCAAAAGUUUUGUUAAUAAGAAAGGACUUCUCCAGGAAUUCAUACGAGUCAUGACCUCAAGCCUCGAUUGUCUCGACUGUAAUUACGUCCAACAAUCGGAAAUAUGGAGGGGUAGGAAAAGUGAAAAACUCGAUCCCAGAAAUCAACGCACAGUGGCUAUGAUGUCGUCAAUCUUGAGGAUACUUCUGACGGUCUCGGAGGCCAACGUGAUGGCCGAGAGGGUCACCUGCAAGGGCUGCACCACAUCCUCGUCC